AGCAGGUGUCACUUUGAUAGGUAGUAUCUGUAUUGUUUACGGCGGCGGAACGAGACGAGACGCGCAAUCUUUUGUUUUUCAAGCUAAGCUAGCUAGUUAGCCUUCAGUAGGUGCAUUUAUUUCGUCAGCGGAGAAAAUAUUAUGGCAAACUCUUGUUUUAAGCUGGCGGUUUACAGUUGGCCUUGCUUAUAGCUUACAAAACGUGAUGUAUACCUCGACUGAAACGUUUACAUUUUAUGUCCCAAACCGAGAGUUACACCACCGAGCAGAAAGAUCCAGUUUGGACACGUCCUAGUUUAUGAACUGGCUCACGCCGCUAGCUAACGUUAACUUGCCGCCCACUGCGAUGGAUUUUUGCGGAAGGCGACUGUAGAUGAGGUAAUGUUAAAAUUGCUUCAUAAGUUGCACUAUAUAAGUUAACGAACGUCUGAAAUCAACGUUAGUUUGUGUGUCGUCUCAUGAUGCAAGGACUUUCACCAACAAGCAUGACAGCGUUAAAUUGGUAGAUUGUUGCAUGGUGUUUGGUUCUGCUCAUACAUUGAAGCUUCGACUAGCGGUAGACUACUUUGUCGCUCCCUGUCAACUUGUUUUAAGGGACGACCUGACAGCAUCUGGCUUCUUUGACCUGUCGCUCCAUCAUCUCAGCUCUGUUGGAUAGAGCAGUUCUCCAGCAUCUUACCAUCUGCCAAGCUCUGUUUCCAAACACCCUUAGUCUGCCACAUCCUCUUCCUUCAAAGACCUCAAACAACUCUGGACUGAACUAUAACAGCUGCAUAGAGAGUUUCUGCCAACGUCCUUUAUUUAAAAAAAAACAAAGAAAAGUGACAAUGUAUUGCCUACAGUGGCUACUCCCUGUGCUGCUCAUCCCCAAGCCGCUGAACCCGGCGCUGUGGUUCAACCACUCCAUGUUCAUGGGCUUCUACCUCCUCAGCUUCUUGCUGGAGAGGAAGCCCUGCACCAUCUGUGCCUUAGUCUUCCUGGCUGCCCUCUUCCUCAUCUGCUACAGCUGCUGGGGCAACUGCUUCCUCUACCACUGCCAGGACGCCGCACUGCCGGACGCUGCCCACGACCCAGUGAUUGUUGGGACCUAGGAUUUAAAAAAAAGGUGGGGGGAACUGAAAGGGGGAAGGGAGGGUGAAGAGGUGUCGCUGGGGAAUGAUACUGCCAUGCUGUAAGAGUCGACAGACUCCACUUUGGGGGUGGGAGAGCAGUGUAGAGGCGGUGUUGAAGGACUGCUGGAGAGGAAUACCGCAAAUAUGGAGCGCGCUUGGCCAAAGGCAGCGUUAAGUAGAAGGAGUUUUUGGGUAGCUGUAUUGCCAUGCUGUAAAGAAAGAGUCUUGAACUUUGGGUGGUAGGAGGAGAGGAAGGGGGGAUGCGAUGUACUUUUAAUGUAACGGGAAGGCGCGACAUGCAAACGUGUGAACUUGGUGUUGAGGAAAGAAGAAACUCACUUUCUGCUACUUCGAUUCCAGCAUCUGAAUAAGAACUAAAUCGUAUUUAAAACCACAUGUGACGUCAACCUAAAGUGACCACUGUGUUUGUGUUCGGGUCCUUAUUCCUAGCCGUCUUACUUGUUUACUUCCAGCACUAUUGAAGAAAGACGUCGCUUUCUCCAAAAACUGAUGGUCAUCUUAUUUUUUUUUAGAAUACAAAUGCUCUCCACUUCAGAUUGCCAAACACAACCCCACACGAAAGCUGCAGACAGAGUUGGUAGUUACCAAGUUUCACUGGCAUGCUUGCUUCUCAGCCCCGCACGUUACAGUUGUUGACAAACUUUAUCACACCUGGUAGUGUUUAGGAAUAGUCGGCGUCUUGUUUGUCUUCUGAGCUCUAGAGAGAAGAGGAGCAGCAUGCCUUUCACAGUCCAAACAGACCAAACUUUGUCGCUACUUUGGCUCUGCACACGUCAUGCUAUCCUCAACAAGGAGAGCACACAAGACACUGGACAAUCAGUUACUAUGCUGUGAAUAAUUUGCCACAUCGCCACACAGACACACCUCAGAAGGUGUUGUAAUGCUGAGAUACUGUCCUGUUAUUGCCCACUGUACUCUGCAGCUGCCCUUCUCUUCCUCGUCUCCUCUUCCUCCUCUUGCCUCAGAGUGAACGUCCCCCAUUGUAAGACUCACAAUCUGAACUUUUUUUGCGGUUUGUUUUUGUGCAUGGGUUGACUUUAUUAUUAUUUUUUCUCCAAGCGUUAAAUUCACACAUGUUUUAAUUAAAACAAAAAUGCUGAAAGUUUCCAAAGGAUAGAGUAAUCUGUGUGUGUGUGUGUGUGUGUGUGUGUGUGUGUGGUUUAUGAAGGAACAUGUUUAUGUGUGAUAGGUGUGUAUUUGUUUGUGGUCAUGACACGCUGAUGAGCGUUAAAAUGUGGCGAUACACAAGGUGACAUCACAGUAGAUGGUCAGUAUUUACAGCCACAGAAAGCACUACAGGGUGCUGGUUGAGGAACUUGUAUCAGAGUUUAAUGACACAAGAUUUUAUUGUUAAUCAGAAGGGCAAUGCUGUCAUUACGUUUCCUUGUGUAUGACUGCUGAAGUGUUAUGUUUAGCUGUAUGACACAGGCUAAGGUGUUUAUACUUUGUACCUACUGGGGUGGGGAGGGGGGGGUGUGUUUGUGUGUGUGUGUGUGUGUGUGUGGGUGUGUGAGACCUCCUGUUGCAGUGCUGAACAUGCCCACUGCUUUUGGUUUUAAUUUAAAUAAAGUUUUUCCUCUCAGUGUUAAACUGUUUAGAAGUCAGUUUUUAUGUCAACCAUAAAAAGGUAUUUUGGAAACUUA